AAACAAUUUUUUUUGGUCGUUGGAGAUAAUAAUAAUAAUAAUAAUAAUAAUAAUAAUAAUAAUAAUAAUAAUAAUAAUAAUAAUAAUGUAAUCCAUCCAAAUCCAAUGGUUUUGUUUUCUGCGAGAGUGAGAGGAGGAGAAGCAGAAGACCUGAAAAAUCUCCCGUCCGGCGGUCGGAGGCCUAUGUUGUAAGGGUGGUGCUUCUUUUGAACAAUGGUGCCAGUUAAUCCAGCUAGUCCUACAUCAGUUCCAGGAAGCAGUGGCAUAUACGAUUCUGUAAAAUUUAUAGGGGGGCAGUUAAGGUUUAUAAAGAGAAGCCGUCCUUCUUUUGAAGGCUCGUGCCCUAGGAAUUUGGAUGUGAAUAGAAUAGCCUCAACAUGGAAUGUUAAUGGAUUGAGGAAACGAAAUGUGAAAGCUAAGGCUAGAUGGUUGUUUAGGGGAGGUGAAGAAGAACUUGAUGCUAAAUCAGAACAAAGUGAGAGUGCAAACGAAGAUAUAUUGAUUUUCUUUUUCCAGCUGGACUUGCAAACUCAAGUACAGCGUGCUUUGAACCUUGAGCAAUAUGAUAUUGCCAACAAUCUGAGGAAGAAGCUUUCACAGGUCGAAGAAGAACUGGUAAAGCAACAAGAAGUAAGAAGGGGAUCAUCCUCAAAAAGUGAAGCACAGGAUAUCGCUAUAAGCUUGUUACGAUUGAGUGCAGAUCUACAGAAUGCAAUCCAGAAAGAAAACUAUGGCAUGGCAGCAGAAUUACGGGAUAGAAUUUCUAAACUCGAGGCAGAAUCCCUUGCUGCCACAGCAAAAGCUCAACUCUAUGAGAAGGCUCAGUAUGCAUUUAGAUUGGGACAGAAAGUAAAACACAAGAUUUUUGGCUAUAGAGCUGUGGUGUGUGGAAUGGAUCCAAUAUGCUGCGAGUCAACUACAUGGAGAGAAGCUGCUCAGGUUAAAAAACUGUCUCGUGGUCCAGAUCAGCCAUUUUACCAGGUAUUAGUUGACGUACAUGUUGACCCCAAUCUGCUUGUUACAUACGUUGCUGAGGAAAAUUUACUAGCGAUGGAGGAACCAGACUUGAACGGAUUUGAUCAUCCUUAUUUGUCUUUCCUAUUCUAUGGAGCGGAUGCAGCUGGUGAUUUCAUCCCAAUAAAGCAGUUGAGAGAAAAGUUCAAUCGACCCAGGCAUGAGCUGCCAUACGAUCCCACGGAAGAGGGUGGUGGACAAGCUGCUUAGUUAGGCCCUUCGUCGCAUCAAGAACAAAAUAAAGAAAACACUUUAAGCAGCAAUUAUUUACAUAUAAUCUUAGUUUAGCUCGUUUCCAAAUCCUAAAACAACUUUGUAGAUGGGAAUGAAUCUGAAAAUUGUAAUAUGAUGGCACCAAAUAAAACUUUUUGAGACUACAAAUUUUAUAGUAUGUAAAGAAAAUGGCUUCUUUUCCCA